CAUACAGUCUUCCAACAUGAAGCUCCUGAUUACAGUGUCAGUGCUGGUUGCUGCAGCGUCUGCAGCGCUCCAGUCUUACUCCGCCCCAGGAGCAGGGGCAGCUGGACACACUGGUGGUGUUCCACUUUCUACAGGAGCCGGACAUUCUGGUAGUGCUGGAUUCGAUUCUGGCGCUGGACACUCUGCUGGUGCCGGAUUCGCUUCUGGCGCUGGACACUCUGCUGGUGCCGGAUUCGCUUCUGGCGCUGGACACUCUGCUGGUGCUGGAUUCGCUUCUGGCGCUGGACACUCUGCUGGUGCUGGCUUUGCGGCAGCAUGCCAAGACGGUGAAAUUCUUCACGUCGAUGGUACUUGUGUUACCCCGGAAAUUAAUCAAAAGGUAUACGUUUUCGACGUACCUGAACAACCUAGGGGACCCAUUGGCCCACCACCUGUCAUUCCUCCACCUCGUGUUGACCACAAUAUCCUCUUUGUACGUCUACCUGAAGACGCACCAGGACCUGAACCCAUCAUUCUUCCUCCACCGAGGACAGAAAGCAUCGUAUACGUGCUCAACAAGAAGAAGGAAGAGGGUCAGCGUGUGAUCGAAGUACCAGCUCAUCCUCAGUCCGAUCCUGAAGUCUACUUCGUCAACUACGAAGACGGAGAAAACCCAGCUCUUCCCAUUGGUGUCGACCUUGAGACUGCUCUCAGUGCAGCCGCUGCAACGAGUGGUCAGGUUCUUGGUGGAGCCGGAGGCCUUGGUGGAUUUGGUGGCGCUGCAGGUGCUGCUGGAGGCCUUGGUGGAUUUGGUGGAGCCGGAGGCGCUGCCGGAGGCCUUGGUGGAUUUGGUGGAGCCGGAGGUGCUGCUGGAGGCCUUGGUGGAUUUGGUGGAGCCGGAGGUGCUGCUGGAGGCCUUGGUGGAUUUGGUGGUGCCGGAGGUGCUGCUGGAGGCCAUGGAGGACUUGGUGGAGGUGCAGGAGCUGCAGGAGGCCUUGACGGUGGCCUCGGUGGUUUUGGUGGGGUCGCAGGAUCUGCCGGAGGAAGCUUAGUCACUGGUGGAUUCGAUGAUGAUAGCCACGAAAUUAUUAUUGCGCCUACUCCUUCUGGUGUGUAUGGUACACCCUGAUACAAAUCACGAUGAUCCGAGGGUGAAAUAAAGUAUCAAAAAUAUAUUUAUAUUGUUGUAAUACAAAUUUUAUUAAAGAAAUAAAGCCGAUUAGUACACAUU